CGGAGAGGCGCGCGCUCGGCGUUUGAUUUCCUGUGACUGCGGCGCCGCUCUGCGCGCGAUUACUCCGGCCUGGCCGUCGGUUGUUCCGGUGUUGGCGCCUGCAGCAGGCCGCGGAUGACGGGGAGGAAAGAUGGCGGAUACCGGGGAGAGGAGGAGCAAUGACGACAUGUGCUGGUGUCUGCGGAGACUGGGGGGAGGCCCGGGCCUGUUACUGCUGCCUGAGGGGGAGGAGGUUUCCUUGGGCCGAGGUCUCAGUGUCACGUACCAGCUGGUCUCCACCCUGUGCCCCCUCAUGAUCUCCCGUGCACAUUGUAUCUUCAAGCAGAACGCAGAGGGACAAUGGACAAUCACCGACAACAACAGCCUCAAUGGAGUUAUGCUUAAUAAAGAGAAGCUGGAGCCUGGGAAGCUUUAUGUCCUGCCCAAAGGGAGCUACAUUCAACUGGGGGUCGCUCUCCCAAAUACUGAAAAAGUUGAGUUUGAGUACGAGUUGGUUCAAGAAAAUCUAGAACAGAUUCGUCCGCUUCUGACCCGUCCGCAGCCGGGGAAGAGCAAAUCAACCAGAACCAAGCGAAAACUAAACUGUGAAGACUCCGAGGCCUCUGGGACUGAGGGCACCUCCAGCAUGGCCAAAGCCAAAAUCCACCGGGUCGUAAGAGACAGCAGCGAACAAACAAAGUCACAUAAGACUGAGAUGUCUAAGCAGCCCACAUUAAAGAUGGCGGAGGAGGCAGCGGAGGAGCUGGACGGCUCUAUGGACAAUGACCCUAUGGCCUCCACUCAGGCCACAUCUCACAACCCCUCACAUUUAACCAAAAUGAGACAGUUCAUCGUAGAGCUGAAGAAUUUUAUUGAUCAGGUCCAGGAGAAGCUAAAGACCCCACAGCCUGGCGGAUCUUCAGAUAACCAACAUCUUCAGUCCUCCCAGCAGGAGCUGCAGGAGCUGAGCACCAGACGUGAGGAGCAUCUCCAGAGGGUCAGCGAGCUGAAGAAGAUCUUCCAGGAGGAGCAAGAAAACACGGGAGGAUCAUCGCAGACAGAGAAGGGUCUGAAGGAGCAACUGGAUCAAGCGCUGAAAGAGCACUCGCUCCUUAUGGAUGAUCUGAACCGCAGUUAUAGAGAUUUUGAACAGAUAAUUCAAGCAAAAAAUAAGGAGCUGCAGCAAACCAAGGAGGAGAAGGAAAAGGUGGAAGCGCAGAAAGAGGAAGUUCUGAACCACAUGAACGACGUCCUGGACAAUGAGCUUCAGUGUAUUAUCUGCUCCGAGCACUUCAUAGAGGCUGUGACCCUGAACUGCGCCCAUAGCUUCUGCUCCUUCUGCAUCCAGUCAUGGAGGAAGAGGAAGGAAGAGUGUCCCAUCUGCCGACAGGAUAUAACCUCCCAGACCCGCUCCCUCGUCUUAGACAAUUGUAUUAACCGCAUGGUGGACAAACUGAGCCCCGAAAUGAGAGAUCGCCGUCUGGCUCUCAUACUAGAGCGUAAAGAUCUCGCAGUGGAGCCGGCCCCCAUCCUCAUCCCCUCUGACAGUGACAGCAGCCCCUUAUCCUCGGGCUCCACCAUCCUGUCUGACAGCGAGGACGACUUUCUGGACAUGGACGAUUUCCAAAGCUUCUCCUCUGAGUUUGAUGCUGAUCGGGGGGAUCUCUUCUCUGACGACGAAGACGAUGACAUUUUCUUUAUCAUGUGAUCGUUCUCCUGGAGCCGCACGAGGAGCAUUAAAUCCUUGUAGCCAUUGACGGGACUGAGUUGGUUUAUGCUGUGGGCGGAGACGAGUGGCGCUUGGUUACGGGAGUGGAUUAUUUAUUUUGUAUUAUGUUGUGUACAGGAUCGGAGCGGCGCGGGCUCCCGGUUAUGUUGUGCACAGGAUCGGAGCGGUGCGGGCUCCCGGUUAUGUUGUGCACAGGAUCGGAGCGGCGCUGGCUCUCUGUUAUGUUGUGUACAGGAUCAGAGCGGCGCUGGCUCUCUGUUAUGUUGUGUACAGGAUCGGAGCGGCGCGGGCUCCUGGUUAUGUUGCGCACAGGAUCGGAGCGGCGCGGGCUCCGUUAUGUUGUUUUUGUUCUGUUUAUAUAUAAAGUUCACCAUUGUUGAGUGAGUUGUGAGGUUUUCCUUAUAGUCUUCAGUCGUCCUGUCUGUACGGCUGCUGCUCGAUAAUUCUGGGAAAGACCUUCCUGGAUUGUGGGAAAUCUCGGUGGAAGCUUCUCCUGAUUACUAUGUAACUCCUCCUGUCCUGCUUCAUAGCGGCUCAGGUUACUCUGUAGCUCCUCCAGUCCUGCACUAUAGAGGCUCAUAUUACUUUGUAGCUCCUCAUGUUCUCUUUCAGAUUACCCUGUAGCUCCUCCUGUCCUGCUCUGUAGCUCCCCCUGUCCUGCUCUCAGAUCACUUUGUAGCUCCUCCUGUAUCUCCCGUGUAUAAAAAACAGGGAGCAGCACAUACACUGACAUACACGUCCCUGUUACUAUGUAGCUGGGGACAGAACCAGUAACCCAAUGCAGUGAGAUCCCCAUGGGCCGUGUAUUGGCAGAAAACUGGUGUAAUUACAUUUUAGUACCGAUUCCGCCCCUCUCCUCCUCUAUCCGACACUGACUGAUCCCCUUCUCCUCUCC